UGGGUGCCGGUCCCCUGAGGGGGGAGGAAACGAGACUGGUGGGUGCAGUCGAGCUGAACAGGCUGUCACUGCUUCCCAAUCGGUCUUGAGAAGGCCGCCGGAUUUAUGGGUGAGAGUAUUGAGCCAGCUUGAGGAAGGACGGAGUCUCGGUGCGGGGCAGCUGUGGAGCUCUCGCUGGAUUUGGGGCCGCGCUGCGGCUGAACCCGGGGAGAGUUGCCCAGUCCCAGCAUGGAAGAAAACAAUGGCUCUGCAGAGACUCCCCCUCGGAGCCAAGGGCGGCACAGUGCCAUGAAGUGUGGGUGGCUGCGCAAGCAAGGAGGCUUUGUCAAGACCUGGCACACACGCUGGUUUGUUCUCAAGGGUGACCAGCUUUACUAUUUCAAAGAUGAAGAUGAAACCAAGCCCUUGGGCACCAUCUUUCUGCCUGGCAACAGAGUCAUUGAGCAUCCUUGCAAUGAAGAAAGUCCAGGAAAGUUCCUUUUUGAAGUUGUUCCAGGAGGAGACCGGGAGCGGAUGACAGCGAAUCAUGAGACCUACCUCCUUAUGGCGAGCACGCAGAAUGACAUGGAGGAUUGGGUGAAAUCCAUUCGCAGGGUUAUAUGGGCACCAUUUGGAGGAGGCAUUUUUGGGCAGAAGCUGGAAGACACUGUCCGAUACGAGAAGCGAUAUGGAAACCGCCUGGCCCCCAUGUUGGUGGAACAGUGUGUGGAUUUCAUCCGGCAGCGGGGGCUGAAGGAAGAAGGCCUUUUUCGACUGCCUGGGCAGGCUAAUCUUGUCAAGGAGCUACAGGAUGCAUUUGACUGUGGAGAGAAGCCAUCUUUUGACAGCAGUACAGAUGUGCACACAGUGGCAUCACUCCUUAAGCUGUACCUGAGGGAGCUCCCAGAACCAGUCAUACCGUAUGCAAAAUACGAAGAUUUUGUUUCCUGUGCCAAAAUGCUCAGCAAGGAGGAAGAAACGGGCCUGAAAGAACUGGUGAAGCAAGUGAAGAGCCUGCCAGCUGUCAAUUAUAAUCUGCUGAAAUACAUCUGUAGAUUCCUCGACGAAGUCCAGUCUUAUUCAGGUGUAAACAAAAUGAGUGUGCAAAAUCUGGCUACUGUUUUUGGCCCCAACAUUCUUCGCCCCAAAGUAGAAGAUCCUCUGACCAUCAUGGAGGGUACAGUAGUAGUCCAGCAGCUAAUGUCAGUGAUGAUUAGCAAACAUGAAGAGCUGUUUCCCAAAGAUGCAGACCCUCAGAUGGGACCCGAGGUAUGCAACAACAACAAUGAAAUGCCAAAGAAAGUGAUUCCUGGGCAGCUGCAGACCACAGAGAACAACAACACCAAGGAGACAGCAGUGAGGCGCUGCUCUUGGGACAAACCCGAGUCUCCUCAAGGCAGAAGCAUGGACAACGAGUCUCCAACUGCUCUGCCAGGCAGCAAGACAAACAGCCCCAGGAACAGCAUCCAGAAACUAGAUGUCACCAGAAGCCCACCGCUCAUGGUGAAAAAAAAUCCUGCUUUUAACAAAGGCAGUGGCAUAGUCACCAAUGGGUCCUUCAGCAGCAAUGUGGAGGGCCCUGAGAAGAGCCAGACCUUACCAAGCUGUGCCCUGCAAACCAGGAGAACGUCGUCCCUGAAAGGACCGGUGACCAAAAUGGGCACACACAGCGUGCAGAACGGAGGAGUGCGGAUGGGUGUUUCCAGCACAGACGGGCACAGCAACACCCACAACAGCCGGACCCUGGGCUGGGUGCCCAAUGGCUACGUCACGCUAAGGGACAACAAGCAGAAGGAACCUGUGAGUGAAUCAGGCCAGCACAACAGGCUUUCCACCUAUGACAAUGUCCACCAGCAGUUCUCUAUGGUGAACUCUGAUGACAAACAGAGUGUGGACAGUGCCACCUGGUCAACGUCCUCUUGUGAAAUAUCCCUCCCUGAGCACUCCAACUCCUGUCGUUCAUCCACCACCACCUGCCCUGAGCAGGACUUUUAUGCAGGAAACUUUGAAGACUCUGUACUGGAUGGACCACCACAUGAAGAUCUCUCCAACCCGGGCGACUAUGAGAACAAAAGUGACAGAAGGAGUGUGGGGGGCCACAGCAGCCGAGCUACCAGCAGCAGUGAUAACAGUGAAACCUUUGUGCCCAACAGUACUAACAAUCACAGUGCUCUGCACAGCUUGGUGUCCAGCUUGAAGCAAGAAAUGGCCAAGCAAAAACUAGAGUAUGAGACAAGGAUAAAAAGCCUGGAGCAAAGAAAUCUCACCCUGGAGACAGAAAUGAUAGCCCUGCAUGAAGAACUGGAUCAGGAGCGGAAGAAGUUCACAAUGGUAGAAAUCAAAAUGCGUAAUGCAGAACGGGCCAAGGAAGAUGCAGAGAAGAGGAAUGAUAUGUUGCAGAAGGAAAUGGAGCAGUUUUUCUCCACUUUUGGAGAAUUAACAGUGGAGUCUCGCAGACCAGAAAGAGGCAACACCAUCUGGAUCCAGUGAGCAUUGGAAGUGUAGACUGUGUGACUUCGGGGAAGGGCUUGGGGGUAUUAUACUGUGCCAGGUGGCUGGUCACCUGUUUGAGGCUAGUACUCAACAUAAUGUUAUAAACCCUUGAAGGAAAAAAAUCUUACAGACAUUAACCACUCAUAUCUACAGUGUGUACUUAUCAAGUUAUAUUCUUCGAAUGCUUCAUGAGACUACUGUCAAGUGUUACAACUGGAUAUGUGUAUAUAAAUUUUAAAAUCACCUUAGCAAGAGAUGUAUCUCAAGAAAUAUUUUAAUGCAAGUCUUGUAUUUAAAUUGGUAAAUUGAAAUGUUGUUGCAAUCAAGCUUUAUAUCAAGGCUUUUCUCCCUUGCACUUAAUGUUAUAAGCUAUUUUUGGCAUUGUGUUACCAUCAGCUUAUUUUGUAUAUCAAAUGUUUUGUUUUGGGUUUUUUUGUUACCCCUCUUGCUGGGGAGUGAAGAUAAAACAUAUAUGUUAAGAUAUAUCUACUAGUGGUUAACCCUGCUUUCCAUCACUUCUAAAAAGACAGCAAGAUGAGAAACAACAACAGCACCCUAUGGGCAAAACUGAAGUGGUCUUAAUUUAACAGGUUUAGUGUCCGGGGUAGAAAGGACCAGGGCACCUCUAACGUGAAAAUCAAAUGAGGAUAUUAAGUCAGAAAAUGGGGGACAGUGGCAAAAGGUUAAACAGCUACUUGUUUGGGAGGAAAUGUGGGUGGCAGAUUAAGAACUUAUCGUAGAAUCAUAGAAUGGGUUGAGGACCUUCAAGAUAAUCUAGAUUCAACCCCUGCAUGGGCAGGGACACCUCCCACUAGACCAGGUUGCUCAGAGCCCCAUCCAACCUACCUGUGAACACUUCCAGGGAUGGGGCAGCCACAGCUUCCCUAAGCAACCUGGGCCAGUGUCUCAUCACCCUCACACUCAAGAAUUUCUUUCUAAUGUCUAACUUGAUCUGCCCUCUUCCAGUUUUAAUCCAUCUCCUCUUGUCCUGUCAGCUGGGAGAGGAGAAAUGGGAAUUUAAGUGGAAUUAUGUAAAUAAUACAACCAGAGCUUUUUGGAGUACUUUAAAGAAGCCCUGUGCCUGAUGACUGCAGUUCAGAGCAGAAGUAUAAACCAGUUGUUCUGACCAUAUUUGCAUCUGAUUUACCUCUGUGCUCUAAGUGAAAGCAAAUCCUUUUUGGAACACUGAUGAAGGGACAUACAGAGGAGAUAAACCAGCCAGAGACAUUCUGAUAGCUUUGUCAGUGUGAUGGGUGAUGAAACAACAACAAACAAACAAAAUUAUGUCCAGAGCAGACAACACCAGGGCAACUGUGUAACACAUGGUAAAUAAGGAAGAAAACAUACUAAUAUAAUUUUGUUUACAGUGUAUAUUAGUAGAGCUGUGUGGUCUGAAUGCUUCAUGAGAUUGUCAAGUGUUACAAAUGUGAAACUCCUCAGGCUCUCAGCAUCAACAAGGAAAAACCUAGAGCAUGUGGAGUUCCAGUGAAAAACAAACAGCAAAGCCAUGCUGGAAAUUAAUGAUUUGGCAUCUUUACAUGUAGUAAGUAUAAGUGGUAUUUUCUACUCCAUAAGGAUGUUUUGUUUUUAACUUUGCAUUUAGGACUGCAAGCUGUAUUAUUAGACAGGGUUGUUGAGAUGUCUUGGCAUCCCCCUAGUGUCUUUUAAAUAUAUUGCAAUUAUUUUUUAAUUCCAUUUGAGAAAGAACGAUGAAGGUAGCCUCAAAGACAUUCUUGCUUAUAGCAUGUAUAUUAGACAAGUAUUAAUUAGCUGUGGGAAUUAUACUGGGAAGCAAACAUGAGGUUUACAUUUCAGAGAAAUAUUAACUUACAAUGGAGUAUGAUACAUGGUGCUUGUGGAUGCAUUAUUUAUUUCUGGUGAGGUUCAGAGUCCCCAGACAGGGCAUCUGUUGUACUAAUUACUGUGAACAUGUUGAGUGCCCAUCCAUUCUGAGUGUAAAUCAAAAAGGUGAGAGAGGGAGAGGUCAAGGUAACAGGAAGGAUCAUGUUUUAUAUCAGUUAGCAUCACAAGAUACAUCCACAAUGGUUAGAGAAGGAAACAGAUUACUGUGUUAAUUCAGAUUUUUAAAUGGAAUGAGACCUCGAUAUCUGAUGCAGUAGGCCUCCAAGUUGAUUCACAAUUUAAGCAGAAUCUGGCAUCUGUUGACAUGACAGCAGAGUUUCUGACAGAAGUGUUUUCUUAACUGCAAUUCAUAUUUUUACACUAGAUGUAUACAGCAGUCCCUGCAGCAGUAUCCUGAGGUGGAAAUCCUGCUUCAUCACCAAGCCAGUUUGCUCAUUUUGAUUUCCUCUAGCAGUCCUUAUGUAGUUCAAGCUCUGAAGCUCUGUUGCUCUCAAAAUUUAAAGAAGUACACAAUUCCUAAGACAUGAACAUGAGCCAGCAGUGUGCCCCGGUGGCCAAGAGGGCCACUGGCAUCCUGGCCUGCAUCAUGAAUAAUGUGGUCAGCAGGACCAGGGAGGUGGGGCCCUGGUGGGGCCUCACCUCAAGCCCUGUGUGCAGUUCUGGGCCCCUCACUACAGAAAGAACAUCGAGCUAUUGGAGUGUGUCCAGAGAAGGGCAAGGAAGAUGGUGAAGGGUUUGGAGCAGAUGGCUUAGGAAGAGUGGCUGAGGGAGCUGGGGGUGUUCAGCCUGAAGAAAAGGAGGCUGAGGGGAGACCUUAUCACUCCCUACAACUACCUGAGAGGAGGCUGCAAAGAGGUGGGGAUUGGUCUAUUCAAUGAAAUUACAAGUGACAAGACAAGAGGUCAUGGCCUCAAGUUGUGCCAGGGGAGGUUUAGACUGGAUGUCGGGAGAAAUUUCUUCACUGAAAGGGUUGUCAGGCAUUGGAACAGGCUGACCAGGGAGGUGGUGGAGUCACCAUCCCUUGAGGGCCUGCAGAGUCAUAUAGUACUUAGGGAUAUGGUUUAGUGAACGACUUGUUAGUAUUAGGUUGAGGGUUGGACUCUGAUCUUGAAGGUCUGUUCCAACCAACGUAAUUCUGUGUGAAUUUAAAAGGGUGUAAUAAUAAAUUUACUUUUACCUCCUUCUCAUGGCUGUUUCUGUGAACUCCCUAAAUUAAUAAACUGUUGCAGGAGUUCACUGGCCAGCUCCAAGCAGAGAACAGUUGAGUUCAGCCCUUCAGGCACAGUGCCACUUUUUGCCUGAUGCACAGUCCACAAGAGAGGCUGCUUUUCAAAUUAAUUGGUACACACGGUCGAAAAAAUCCUUUUGGAGCUAACAACCUCCUGAUCCAAUCACAGGGUCUGACUGCAGUACAUUACAUUUCAAGGUGUAAGUUUGGGACAGCACGAACACUUAAAAGCAGGCUGUUGGAAUGCUACAGUUGAGGGACAGAAUAGGAGAGGGAGAGAGGCUAGAAUAGUAGCAGAUAUUCACUGUAUCUUUUAAGUGUUAGAUUCUCAUGUUUUGCUCAGAAUAUCAAAACAUUAUUUUUUUUCUACUCAAAAAGUCUUCCUUUCUGUGAGAAUCCUGCUACACAUUUGGAAUAUGCUCUGGUGCAGCAGAAUAUUUAAGCUUACUACACUUCUUUGCUACAUGUUUUUCUUUCAGCAUCUCAUAGGGAAGGUUUCCCCACAUAUAAAAAUUAAUAAUAUAUUUAAAAUACAAUUAAUACAUUAUAUGCAAAACUGGUAUAGUAGGUUUUUGUUAGAAUGAGGAGGGAAGGAGCUUGCUAAAAUGACCAGUUUAAGAUCUCUAAGUAGUACUUGUGCCAGUAGUUGAAGUCGUAGUCCAGAUAUUUUUGGAGAGAGAUCCAAGUUGCUAAAAAAGAAUGAAUAUUCAACAAAUAUUUAUUGUAUUGCAACCCCAGAGGGAUGGUACAGAGGCAGGGUAAGGAGACACUGAAUAAACAGGUACAUUGAUUUGCUUAUUUUGUCAACCCAGUCAAAACAGUGAGUUGCUUCUGGCUGCUGUACACUUGAACCCUUCCUGGCUGAAACACCUAAUUAAUUUCCUUCUUCUGAAUUCCCUCUGGAGCCUGUCCCUUGAAGAGGAGAGUCUGCAGAUUCUCUGUGCUACUGAGAAAUCCCUAAGGAAGUGAAGGAGAGGGCAAAGGAAGAUGGGGAGAAAAUAAAUUUACUUGCACUUGUGAUGUGGGCAUGCAAAAAUAGAGGAAGCAGCUGGGAGAGAUGAGAACAAGGAAGUGAAUGCUCCUUAAGUUGCCAUGUGUGGGUGGUUCUGAUAUGCCCUCAGUUAGGAGCACUGUUUCUGAAAUUUGUCUCUACAGAAAGGUUACUACAUUGUACUAUUCUUUCGGAGCUUUUUUGGCUCUAAAUUACCUUCUGGGCCAACAUCAGUAGGUAGGUCAACUGUUUCACACACUACUUUCCUCGCUUUUAUCAGUCCUAUGUGCCAACAAUGAGAGAUCAUGUGGAUAAACACCUAGCACAGCCAUUCCUUCAAGAGCUGAAUGCAAGGCAGGGAGCCCCAGGUGGUCAGAUGGUUCUCCCUGGAUUAGCAGCACUCGUUCUGGGAACUGCUAAUGGAUCCCAGACUGUCAUUCAGCAUCUCUAGUGCAGUGCUUCUCAGGAAAUAAAAUGAAAUAUGGCAGAUGCCGUGCUGAUAUAAAUGGCCAUAGCUCUGUAGAGGUUUAGGAAGUGGUGAGAGAAGCCGAGGAGCUUUCCCUACUAGGCUUUUAGAUGCUGUCACAUUGUGUAUUUAUGAUAAUUUACUGUAAUUGUCUUUCCGACUGGUGUGGUCUAGUUUUGCUGGAGAAAUGCUUGUCAGCAAGAAGACAUGUUUUUUUUAGGAUGCCAGCAAUGAAGAGUGCAAAAAAUGUUUGAGGCCAGAAGAAUGUGCAUGAUGCAAAUACAUUCCCUUCUUCCCUAAGGGAUCUAGGAUAAUAAGCUUUAUAUGCAAUGCAAUUACAUUUCUGAAUCUCCUAAAUGCAAGAAUGGAAAAUCUCUUCUGCUUCUGCUGUAUUACUCUCCUCAUAUGAAAUAGGUUUAGAAUGAUAUAUGUUCAGCAGGACCUUAUUAUGAUGUUUAAAAUACUAUUAUGAGCUGUUUAAAGUA